CACUCGAGUCCGGCCGCGCCACCCAACCAUAAAAUCCACCGCGAGUCCGGCCGCGAAACCCCACUCGCGAAUCCAACACGAGAACGCAUCGCAUCGCACCCCUCGCAUCACAUGCGCGCAUAGGACCCGGCCGCAGGUCGCACUCACCGCCAUGCCGCCCCCGCUGCUCGCCUGUCUCCUCCUCAUCCUCCUCUCGCCGGCAGCGGCGCGGCCGCGGUCCGUGGCGGUCGAGGCGCCGGGGCCCGCGGCGAGGCCUCGCGUGUUCCCGCUGCGGGCGCGGCAGGUGCCGGCGGGGGCGCUGCCGCGGCCGCCGAGCAAGCUGCGGUUCCAUCACAACGUCAGCCUCACCGUGUCGCUCGCCGUCGGCUCGCCACCGCAGAACGUCACCAUGGUGCUCGACACCGGCAGCGAGCUCUCCUGGCUGCUCUGCGCGCCGGGCCGCCGGGCGAACGCGAGCGCCCCCCGGGGCGCGUCGUUCCGCGCGGGGGCCUCGCGCACCUUCGCCGCCGUGCCCUGCGGCUCCGCGCAGUGCAGCUCCCGGGACCUGCCGGCGCCGCCGUCCUGCGACAGGGCCUCGCGCCAGUGCCGCGUGUCGCUGUCCUACGCGGACGGGUCCACCUCGGACGGCGCGCUCGCCACCGACGUCUUCGGCGUCGGCGACGCGCCGCCGCUGCGGUCCGCGUUUGGCUGCAUGUCCUCCGCGUACGACUCGUCCCCGGACGGCGUCGCGACGGCCGGGCUGCUGGGCAUGAACCGGGGCACGCUCUCCUUCGUGUCGCAGGCCAGCACGCGCCGCUUCUCGUACUGCAUCUCCGACCGCGACGACGCCGGCGUGCUGCUGCUCGGCCACAGCGACCUCCCGUUCCUGCCGCUCAACUACACGCCCAUGUACCAGCCCGCCCUGCCGCUCCCCUACUUCGACCGCGUGGCCUAUUCGGUCCAGCUCGUCGGCAUCCGCGUCGGCGGCAAGCCGCUGCCCAUCCCGGCGUCGGUGCUGGCGCCGGACCACACCGGCGCCGGGCAGACGAUGGUGGAUUCCGGCACGCAGUUCACCUUCCUGCUCGGGGACGCCUACUCCGCCCUGAAAGCCGAGUUCUUGAAACAGACCAAGCCCCUCCUCCCGGCGCUCGACGACCCCAACUUCGCGUUCGAAGAGGCGUUCGACACCUGCUUCCGCGUGCCCGCGGGGCGCCCGCCGCCGUCGGUGCGUCUCCCGGCCGUGUCCCUGCUGUUCAAGGGCGCGGAGAUGUCGGUGGCGGGGGACAGGCUGCUGUACAAGGUCCCCGGCGAGCGGCGCGGGGGCGACGGCGUGUGGUGCCUCACGUUCGGGAACGCGGACAUGGUGCCCCUGACGGCCUACGUGAUCGGGCACCACCACCAGAUGAACCUGUGGGUGGAGUACGACCUGGAGCGCGGCCGCGUCGGGCUCGCGCCCGUCAAGUGCGACGUCGCCAGUGAGCGGCUCGGCCUGAUGCUGUGACGCGGCUUGCAUUGGCGAGCCAUCACCGACCGCUCUGGGCCGGGGUUGGCCUGCCUCGAGGAACCGCCGCUGCCUCCUGCCUUGUAGUAUAACUAUAACCUUAGGCGAACAAACGUUUCAGUUUGGAACUUGCUUGUCUUGAUCGUGCGUGUGGCAUGUACAGUUUGUUGUGUAAGCUGGGAAUUAAGUGUGCCAUGUACUGAUGUGUUCACUCUCUGACUGAGCAUGUAGGGGUUGUGUACA